AGAAUAUUCAGCGCCAAGGCUUAAAUAAAAUGAAUGUAAGUGGAAUCCCACAAACAGUUCAUUUUUGCUAUCCAUCUGUCAACAACUCAUGCCGCAAACAAGUUCUUCCUCUGCAAAACCACAUUGUACUAUACACAGUGCUGUGGACUACAGUGGCUGUUACUGUUUUUGGAAACCUACUUGUCAUCAUCUCUAUUGCCCAUUUCAGACAACUUCAUACGCCAACAAAUUGCCUGGUCCUUUCCUUGGCUGUCACUGAUUUUCUUCUUGGAGGAAUUGUAAUGCCACCCAUUUCUGUUCAGCUAGUUGAAACGUGCUGGUAUUUAGGGGACAUUUACUGCAAAGUGUACCUUGGUGCAGUAAUCAUGCUGUGCACAGCUUCAGUUUCUCAUUUAUCUUUCAUAUCUAUUGAUCGAUAUUUCGCAGUCUGCCAUCCUUUAACAUAUAAAACUAAGAUUACUGUGCCUGUUACAUUAAAUCUGAUCUUGUUUUGCUGGACUCUAUCUGCUGUUGUUGGGUUUGGAAUUAUUUUUCUUGAACUAAAUUUAAAGGGCAUAGAAGACGUUUAUCAAAAAGUUAAGUGUGUUGGAAGCUGUAUUUUAAUGCAAAAUGAAGCAUCAGGCUUGGUUUCUUCACUUUUUUCAUUUUAUAUACCUGGUUUUGUUAUGGUGUGCAUUUAUUUGAAAAUUUUUGCUGUAGCAAGGAGACAGGCCAGGUCUAUUAGAGAUUUAGGACAUCAAAAUCAGUCAGCCGAGGAAAAGAAAAAGUUAGCAUCAAGGAAAAGAGAAACAAAAGCUGCAAAGACCCUUGCUAUCGUUUUGGGAGUCUUUCUUAUUUGCUGGAGCCCAUUUUUCUUAUGCAAUGUUAUUAAUCCUUUAACAAACCACAACGCCCCACAAUUUGUAAUAGAGACUCUUGCAUUUAUUGGUUACAUGAACUCAACAUUUAACCCACUUGUCUAUGGUUUCUUUUAUAGCUGGUUCAGAAAAGCUCUUAAAUUAAUAGCAAAUGGCAAAAUCUUCCAAAAUGACUCUUCAAGAACAAAAUUAUUCUCAGACUAAGUAAUUAUAAUUGUAUUUGUAUUUAAUAGUGUCAUGAUAUCUAUUUACUACUAUAAGCAAGUUUUAUUGAUACAAGGUAUUUACUUUUUAUGUGAUAGUGUAGUGAAAACAAAAAUAUUUUGUUUGAAUUUUUUAACUUUGCACGAAAAUAGUUGUCAAUAAAUAUAUUAAUCAUCUGGCAUACAACAUAUGUUUCAAAGAUGAUGUGAGUAUGUGGUGCUGUUAAUGAAGCUAUUUAUAGUAAAUACAGGUGAAAAUAAGUGUAUAUUUCACAGUAUUCUGUUAAUUUCAUUUCUGUCACAGGAACAUUUUGUAAAUGCUACAAAAUA